CUGACAUCACCGGAAGUUAAGCCUGCAGCUCUUUUCCCCUUAAAGCUUCGUCGAUUUAUUUCUCGCUCAAUUCUUUGUUUUGGUUAAUCCAAAAAAGUUACAAUGUCCGAAAGAAAAGUUCUGAAUAAAUACUACCCCCCGGAUUUCGAUCCAGCCAAAAUACCCAAACUCAAACUCCCUAAAGAUCGUCAAUAUGUGGUCCGAUUGAUGGCUCCCUUCAACAUGAGGUGCAAGACAUGUGGUGAAUACAUCUACAAGGGUAAGAAGUUUAAUGCACGUAAAGAGACUGUGCAAAAUGAGCUGUACAUGGGACUGCCAAUCUUCCGUUUCUACAUCAAGUGCACUCGCUGUCUUGCUGAAAUCACAUUUAAGACUGACCCUGAGAACACAGACUACGCCAUGGAGCACGGUGCCACACGAAACUUCCAAGCGGAAAAACUUAUUGAAGAAGAAGAAAAAAGGAUCCAACAGGAGAGGGACGAUGAGGAGCUGAACAAUCCUAUGAAGGUGUUGGAGAAUCGGACCAAAGAUUCCAAGAUGGAGAUGGAGGUCAUGGAGAACCUGCAGGAGCUGAAAGACUUGAAUCAAAGACAGGCCCAAGUGGACUUUGAGGGAAUGAUUGACAAAUACAGAGAGAUUGAAAAGAGAGAAAAGGAAAGGCAGAAAGAAGAGGACGAGCGUGAGACAAAAGAGAUGUUGGAGCGGGCUCUCGUGAAAAGACUCAGAGACUCGGACUCUGAUUCAGAGAAAGAAGAGGAAAGCAGAAGCCGUUUGAAGAAGUCCAGUUCAGACAAGCCGACUGACAUCCUCACCUCUGACAAACAACCUGAAACUGAGGGAUCCUCAGCUUCAGGAGUGAAAAAGGUUAAGGUCGAAAGCUGGGAGAUGAGUGUCGGGACUCUGGGAGGCAAAGGGUCACUGAGUUCCCUGGUGGUGCGAAAGAAACCGGCAGACUCCAUAAAGAAAGCUGCCACAGAUGAGGCAAACGCUGCUCCCACCUCACACACAGAUUCAAAAACGAAUGUCACUCAAAAUGGAUCUUCAUCUCUGAGCCUGUUGGGGGCAUAUUCUGGCAGUGACAGCAGCGAUGGAGAAUGAAGGAAGCCAUCUGAAAUACCAACAAUGAAAAGAACAUACAGAUCUUUAUGUACAGUUUUACUGACAGUAAAAAAACAACCAAUAAAAGUAAGUUAACUAGAGGCAACUUAAGAACAGAUCUGUUGUCACAGAAUUCAAUUAAGAAAUAGUUUCCUGUUUGAAAAUUUAGAAAACAAACCUAUCCUUUUAUUAAAAGUGGUUAUUCAAAUAUGUUUUUUUUCUAUGUCUACCCAGUGCUGUAUAUUUUAAAUGCUUACGUUAUUCCUAUUUGUUUUUUUGUUUUGUUUUUUUUCUUCAAACUUGGUUGUGACACCCCAAAUCUGUUAGAUCCAAUAGAAGUGAAUAAAUGAGCUGCUUUAUGUAACAUAAACAUUACUUUUGUGAUGUUUUAGAGUUCGACAUUUUGGUGUGACAGAUAUCUUUUUAAGAAUCGGAGCAUCUUAAUGUAUUUUAAGUACAAUUUUGAGACUUUAUUUUAAAAAUUUAUAUCAUAUUUUUGCUUAAGCCUUUCUAUAAUACUUUGGUUAUAAAAGUUUCUUUAAUUUGAAUAUUUAAAAUGAUGUAAAUUGUUCCGUGACUUAAGCAAAUACAAAAAUGGUAAAAACA